AUUAAUUAAGACUCCCGGGAACUUUGCGAUGCCUAUCAAUACACCACCGAAAAUUCUUCGUUCUCGAUUUGUCCAUCCCAACCAAAAUGGAAAUGACCCCAAAAGGCUACGUCCGCCCGAAGAAAGGCAACAAGCGCAAUGAUAGCGCACGCAGACCGUUUCCCCUUCCUCAAGAUCAACAAGCCUUCCUCGAAGCUCUAGACUUCCGUGCGUUCCCACCACGCAUGCCAACAGACCCAAGCUCACACCUUCACCGACCACCUCCUCGCUUCAACGAGUGGUCUCCAUUUCCUAAUGCUCCUUACGGAAUAAUGCCAGAAGAAGAAGUUCUUCGUGACAGAUUCGCUCACAUGGGCUUUGGGCCUGGUGCUGGUGCUGGACCUGCAUAUCCCCCUCCUCCGCCAAUGAUGGAUCACUACCCUGGCCCAGAGCCGUCACACAGCAGCAAGGAAAGUGGAUUUACUGUUUCCAGCAAUGACUUUACAGAUCGUAGAGUAGCUGCGAAGUAUGUGUCUCAUUUGAUAAAGAAUGGGAAGGAGAGUUGGGUUUUCAAAGUACCUGAUGAAGAUGAUCGAAAUGGAGGUGGUUCGGGUGAACCGAUAUCCCGGCCAGGAGAUCAUGGGAUGAAAGAGCAGAAGUUCGGGGCAAUGGGGUUUACUUCCAAAAAGGACGAGAAGAAACGUUAGGAGAAUUUGUGCCAUGAGAAUUUUUGGGACGGAACGCUGGAUGGAUG